AUGGAAAGACCAAAAACACGUCCGGCAUCUCCAGUUGUACAACCUCGUUCACCGGUGACUCCGACGUCGUUACCAUUGGUUUCAACUCCUCCAAUGGUUCCAACACCUUCACCAAUUUUACCACCUGCUCCACUGGCCUUACCUAAUCCACCUGCUCCACCUACCAUACCAAGUUCAUCUACUCCAUCUGUCUUUUCUCCACCACCAACUUUACCAUCUCAAUCACCAGCUGCACAAAUAUCAAUUUCAGGUUCAUCUGCACAAUCAACUCCACCAACAACUACUAAGGAUACUCUAUCGACCCUAACGAAAGUCAUGGACCAGUAA